GCUGAUGGAGAUUGGAGACUUGAAGAGUAUUAAAGUAAUAGUUGUAGUCAUAAACUUUAUAUACACUUGCGUAUACUCAGCUGACAAAAAUAUUAUUAAAUAUUGUAUUGAUCCAUGGACAAACUUGUUGUCCCACUUUUUUGUUUUCAUUUAACUAUUGCUUAUCGCUUAUCAUUACGAUUCGACGCAGUGCAAGUUGUGCGCGGGUUACUAUUCACAACUCGACUCGACCAACUCACUUGUUAGACGUAAAACUUAGAUUUAGUAAAAAAAAAAAAAUUUUUUCAUCAUGACCCUGUUGUAGUCAUACGUGAAAUAUAAUUGCUUCGGCAAGGUCACAAAUUUUUGCCAGCACAUUAAAUAGAUUAAAAAAAAAAAACCGAAUGUCGACAUUGAAGAUUUAAAAUGGAUAUCCAAAAGAAGUUUCUUUGUCCACGAUUAGUCGAUUAUUUGGCAAUCGUAGGAGUAAGAACUUACACGCAAUCUAGAAAACCUGUCCAGGUUCCAGAAUUGCUACGUCGUUAUCCAGUAAAUGAUCAUAAAGAUUUUCCAUUGCCCUUGGACAUGGUGUAUUUUUGCCAGCCUGAAGGCUGCACAAGUAUUGGACCAAAAAAAUCAGCUCUACGAGAAUCAACAUCAUUUACAUUUACAUUAACUGACAAAGAUUCAGGCAAAACGAGAUAUGGAAUUUGUGUAAAUUUUUAUCGUCCAGUUGAAAAAAUAACAAAUUCAGCUGGUAGCGGUGUACGAAUACGAAUAGACAAACAUGAUUCAAAAAUGCGAAAAGAAAAUUGGCGUAAAAGUAUGGAUAAAAGUACUGAUUCAGCAUUUUCAAGAAUAAUUGUUAACAGUGAUUACAGAAAUAGUGCAUUUGGUCACAGUGAUUCUGAGCGUGAAUAUACAAGUAAUUAUGGUUCAGAUACACCAAGAAUAAUACAUCCACCACGUCUUGGAAUAACAGUACCAAGUGGUGACAGUGAAAGUGGAGGUAGUCAUUCACCAUCACCAAGAGCAUCACGUAGAAAUCAACGUAUACAAAAUUAUUCAUUAACAUCAUUAUGCAUUGUAUCACAUCAUCCAUUUUUUUCACACUUUCGUGAGUGUUUAUUUGUAUUAAAAAAAAUUAUUGAUGCAUGCUGUGAUAAUGCAUCAUCACAAAGAGGUGGUACAUCACGACAAUCACACAGAGAUACUAUUUGGAGUGCAUUAAUUGGUCAAAAUAUUGAAAAUGCAUCAUCAUUAAUUGUUCAUGAUGUACGUGAAAUUGAAACUUGGAUAUUACGUUUAUUAAGUGCACCAGUACCAGUACCAGAAAAAACAAGAAUUGAAAUUAAUAUUUUAUCACCUCAUGUACAACCAGCUUUAUGUUUUGCACUUCCAGAUCAUACAAGAUUUUCUUUAGUUGAUUUUCCACUUCAUUUACCACUUGAAUUACUUGGUGUUGAUAUUAGCCUAAAAGUCAUGACAUUAAUUCUUCUUGAAAACAAGAUUGUUUUACAGUCACGUGAUUAUAAUGCUCUUUCAAUGUCUGUCAUGGCAUUUGUUGCAAUGAUUUAUCCAUUACAGUAUAUGUUUCCAGCAAUACCACUGCUUCCAACAUGUAUGAGUUGUGCUGAACAAUUAUUACUAGCACCAACACCAUUUGUCAUUGGAAUACCAGCUUCAUUUUUAAUGUACAAACAAAAUUUUCAAAUGCCAGAUGAUAUAUGGCUUGUUGAUUUAGAUAGUAAUAAAAUAACUCCACCAAGUGGUAUUUAUGAUAGUCUACCAGCUCUACCAGAGCCAGAAGGUACAAUAUUAAAAAAUCAUUUAAAACAAGCAAUGCAAUUGAUGGAUCAAGUUGGAUCAAAUAUCAUUGGUGGUAGUUCAUCUGGUUCACAAAAAAAUACACCAUCACCACAAGGAAAUUUACCAUCAUCAUCAUCACCAAGUAGACGAGAAAGCAACGUAUCACAUAAUUCAAAUUUAAGUGUUAAUUCAUUAAAUAAACAUCAGCAUAAUGUUGAUCGUAGUGCUAAUCAAUUUUCUCCAUCAAGUCCAAUUAAUUCACCAAUUGCAUCAACUGCUUCAACACCAAGUAAAGUAUCAAAUUCAACAACACAACAACAACAACAACAAAAAUCUUCAUUACCACAAAUUAAUCCAUUUAUUUAUGGUAAUGAUAUUGAUUCAGUUGAUGUUGCAACACGUGUUGCAAUUGUUAGAUUUUUUAAUUCACAAAAUUUACUAGCAAAUUUUGCUGAACAUACAAGAACAUUGAGAUUAUAUCCACGUCCAGUUGUUGCAUUUCAAAUAAAUUCAUUUUUACGAUCAAGACCAAAAACAUCUGAGUUCCUUGAUAGAUUUGCAAGAACACAAGCUGUUGAAUUUCUUGCUGAAUGGUCAUUAACACCAAAUAAUGUUGCAUAUUUACGUGUACAAACUGGUGUAUUUGAUCCAUUACAAAUUGGUGAUAAAUCAAGAUGGUUUGCACCAAGCUUAGAGCCAAUAUUAUUUUCAGUAUGGAAUCAAGAAAGUUCAUUGAAUAAUACAUUAAAAUCAAUUGAAGAAAUUGAACAACAACCAACAGAUGAAAGUUCAGAUUCAGAAGGAGCUGAAAGUACAAGUUCAUCAUAUUCAUCAUUAAGUGAUUUUGUAUCUGAAAUGGUAUCAUCUGAUUUAUCUGUUAGUAAUAAUAAUAAUAAUAAUAAUAAUAAUAAUAUUUUACCACAAAUUAUGUCAUUAUCUGUUGAUCCAAAAAAUUUAUAUAAUCCACCUGAACAUCUACAGUAUCCAGGUAUUGAAGAAGACACAAAAAUACGACCAGAUUCACCAGUUAGUACAUCAUCAAGUCACAGUGAUUUAAGUAGUCCAAGUUUUAAUAGAGAUUCAGAAUUAGAAUUAAAUCCAGAUGAUCAAGAACAACAACAACAACAACAACGUCAAAUUUUAGAAAAUCAAAAUACACAGGUAGUGCCUAGUAGUGAAAAACAAAUGAGUAUUAAUAAUAUUUUAAAUAAAACAUCAAGUCUAGGCAAUACAACUGGACCAUCUAUACCAACACGUAAAUUUAGUGGAAAUAGUAAUGAUGGUAAAAAUAAUAAUGAGUCAAGAAAUAGUAUAACUGGUAGUAUUGGUAAACAUGAAUCAAUUACAUCAAUAAAUUCACAACGUCAAAAUAGUUCUGGUAGUGGUGAAAGUGGUGGUAGUAGUAUGGACAGUGGUAAUGGUAUAUUUAGACAAUCAUCACAAGGAUCAUUAUUUGAACAAAUUGCAUCACAAGUUAGAGAAACAACAAGACAAAGUAGUCAAGAUGGUUUUUUAGCACAUAUGGAUAAAUUAAAACAUCAAGCUAAAGAAAAAAUAACUGAAGCUGGUGAAGAAAGUAUAUUUACACCAUUUGAACAUUUAACACAACAAACUAAAAAAGCUGUUGAUGAAGCAACAAAAUCAGUACAAGAAGCAUCAAAAACAGCAAUUGAAGCUAGUAAAACAGCUGCUGGUGUUAGUAAAAAUACAAUUGAUGAUUUAACAUAUGUUGGAAAAAGUACAAUUGGUGAAUUAACUAAAAGUGCUAAAGAAGCUGCAACAAAAAAAGGUUUAUUAAAAAGUCUUGGUGAAUCACAACAAUCAUCAUCACCACCACGUUCUCCAUUAUCACCAAAUAGUAAUUCACGUAAACGUAUGUCAAAUACACAAUUAAUAACAACAGAUAAUAGAAUGAAACGUGAUAUUGGAAGAGAUUUUUUUAGUAAUGUUAGUAGUGAUUUUAAUGGUAUUGCAACUCAAACAAGUAAUAUGAUUAGUGAUUUUUUUGGUAAAACUGGUAGACGAAGUAGUAAUACUGAUUCAAAUACACAAAAAGGACAAAAUAAAACAUCAUUUAGUCCAUUUAGAAGAGGUAAAAAUUCACAAAAUGAUAAAACAUCAACAGCUAAAAAUUCAAUUGGUAGAAAUAAUCGUGAAGAUGAACAACGUUCACAAAAUGCUGAAAGAUCAAAUACAAAUAUUGAUAAUCAAAGUUUUUUAACUGAAGUUGUUAAUCAAAUUGUUCUUGGUGAAGGUGUUGGAUUUUUUAAACUUAAUCGUUUAAAAAAAUUAAUGGAAGAUGAAAGUUAUCGUGAUUUUAUUGUUACAAAAUUAAACAAAGGAUUGAGUAAAAAAAUAAGUCCAGAUGAUCAUAUAGAUGACGUUCAUAUAUCAAGAGGAGUUUAUAAAGGAAUGUUGAUGUGCCUUCAAGCAGUAGCAAGUGGUCUUGCUUUUACAUUUAAUAAUUUUGGUCUAGGAGGUAUGGCAUCUGUUUUUCAAUUGAUGGAAAUUGCUCAUACACAUUAUUGGAGCAAGGACAUGUCUGAUGGAUCAUUCGAAACACCACUGAUGAUGCAAACAAGUACUUAUGAUAAUCCAGAUAAUCCAAAUCAACUUAAAAAACAAUCGGAAUUUAUUGAUCCAUCAAAAAUGUCACCUCAUGAUCCAUCAUUAGUACGACUUGAAAUUUCACAUGCUUCAUCAACAUCAUCAAGUGAAAAUAAUCAAUCAACAGCUGAUAUAUUUCUCGAUAUGUUUUCUAAAAAAGGAAAGCUUCUUAGUAAGCUUGCUUCUUUUGAUACUGAAGGAGGGAAAAGUCAUUCAUCAACUGUUUCAAGUCCAUCACCAUCAUCAAAUAAAAGUACACCUGUUAAUCAACAAUUUCGUUUAUCAUCUGGAUCUACACCACGUGGAUCUGUGUCUGAUAGUGAGCUAGAAGGUAAAACACCACAUGAAAAACCAACUGGAGGUUUGUGGUCAAAUAAAUCAUCACUCAGUACUGGAUUUAGAUAUCAUGGUGGUAGUUUAGUAACAACAACUACAACACCAAGUCCUGAAUCAGCUAGAACUUAUUUAUUUGAAGGUUUAAUAGGAAAAGAACGUUCACGUCUUUGGGAUCAAAUGCAAUUUUGGGAAGAUGCUUUUUUAGAUGCUGUAUCUCAAGAGCGUGAUAUGAUAGGAAUGGAUCAGGGACCAAGUGAAAUGAUGGCAAGAUACAAAAGUUUGAGUGACAGUGAACGAAGACGUCUAGAGCAUGAUGAAGACAGAUUAUUAUGUACACUUUUACAUAAUUUAACAGCAAUUUUAGUGAUGCUUAACGUACCUAAACUUGAAGUUAAAAGAAAAGUACGUCGUUUACUUGGUAAAAGUCAUAUUGGUCUUGUUUAUAGUCAAGAAUUAAAUCAGUUACUUGAUCAAAUUGAUAAUUUGCAUGGAAAUGAUAUUGAUUUAAAGCCACUGACGUCUCGACAAAUGCAUAGACAAUCGUUUACGGUCCAUGCAGGUACGAAUGCCGAUGGAGAAUUACGUUUUCUUGAAGUUCGACAUGACGGACUUGUUUUGAGAUCAGUAAACGGUGUUAUUGUCGAACGUUGGUGGUAUGAAAGAUUAGUCAAUAUGACAUGUAGCCCAAAGAAUAAAGUCUUGUGCCUUUCUAGACGAAAUUGUGAUCGACUAGAACUUCAUAAUUAUUAUACAAAAAAAUGCAAAGAUCUUUAUUAUUGCAUUAAAGAUGCAAUUGAAAAAGCAGCUGCAAGGGGUCGAGCAAAUCUUGGUAUUGAACUUGGUGAUGAAUUUCCAGUUCAAGAUAUGCAUACAGGAGAAGGUGGGCUUCUUCAAGUAUGCAUUGAAGGCGUUGGUUUACUCUUCGCCAAUAGCAAGGAUUUCGAGUUUUUUGUUAAGUUUGAACAUAUCCGAAAAUGCUUCACUCAAAACGGUGGAAUAUUUGUGCUGGAAGAAUUCAAUCCAAAAACACGACAAAUUAUUCAAAGAAAAUAUAUAUCACCAAUGGCUCGUGAAAUUUGUUACGCUGUUAUAUGCGUAUUUUCGUAUCUUGCAACUGGACUCAAGCAGCGUAAAGUGUCACAAAAAGAUGUUGAAUCAACAUCGACAACCUGAGUCAAGUUGCAGUCACCAAAUUAAUUCAACAAUCAUUACUUUCAACUUCCAUAAUGGUAUAAAUAUAUAAUACCCCAAAAACAGCCGUUAAUAUCAAUUUUACAUAUAAAAAAAAAAUUUAUUUUUAUCAAAAACUAUCGAGUUAUUAAAUAUUGCCAUCAAUGAAGCAUAGUAAUCAACAUACAGCAAUUUCCAGUCAACUUUUUUACAUUUAAAAGUCAACUUGAACACUCCGUUAAAUGUAUUUUAUCAUUAGCAAAUGUUAAAUCCUUCAAACGAAAUAUUCCACAUGAAAAUUCGACCGUUAAUUUUCAAAAUAUUUCGAAAAAAACCCGCAAACAAUAAUUAUAAAUCGAUAAAAAAAAAAAAAUGUGGAGAUGAUCCAUUUCAAGCUGCGGAAGUUAUUUAUUAUUCACUUGAUUUUUUUUUUCAUCAUCAAAUCAUCAAGAUAAUACUAAAAAAAUUUAGAAAAAUACUCUGGCAGUUGGAAAAAAAUUGACAAUUAUUUUAUUGCCACCAAGAAAUUUUGUAAAUUUAAAAAAACCUUGAUCUUAAAUUUAUCCAACGUAUUUUUUUUUCACGAGUAUUUAACAAGUUAUUAACGAAACAUAAAAAUUCAUCUUAGUUUUAUGAAACGAAAAAAUUUUCCGCAGCUUUAAGUGGUAAUUUUAUUAUAGACUAAUUAAAUUCACCAGGAUAUCUAACAUGUUAUAGUAUUAUAUAAAUUCUCAAACGUGAUUUCGAUUAAAGGUAAAAAAAUAAUUGACCGAAUGUUUAGACAACAACGUAACUAACAUAAAACUUCAUUUAGAAUUUCGAUAUUUAACGAAAAUAAAAAUCUAUAUAACGACAAAAAUUAAUAACGACAAAAAAUUAAUUGUAACAAAGGAUAAUAAUUUAUUGACUCAAUGAGUAUUGAGAAAAUAUAUAAUUUAUAAUCAGAAAUUUAAUGUAUAAUAUAUAAAAGUUAUAUAAUAUAGAACUCUAUGUAAAACAGGUUACAUAUUUCGAAAAAAAAAAAAUAUAUAUAUACUCAAUUGUUUAAAAAAAAAUUCAACGUAAAUGAAUGCAAUUAUGCUCGUGAUUAUUUGUUAUUUUUUUUGUGAUUUCUCUUUGGAGUUAUCGUGAAUAAUAAUGAGGCAAUAGAGCAGUAAUUUUUUCAAGCAUAAUAAUCAUUGUAUAUGACAAUUGAGUCAGUCGAAAAUGUACAAAUUUAAUUAAUUGUUAUUUUAGAAAAUUAAUUAUUAAUAAUUGUGAUUACUAUUUGAUUGUACAUAUCAGAUAAAAUGUUUAGUUUGGCAUUUGAUCUUUAACUUGAAAAUAGUAAAUGUAUGAAAAGAGCAAUAUUGAUGAAUGUUAAGUAUCUGUUUACAAAAAAAUAAUUAAUAUUUAAGUAAUAUUAUUUGAUAAAGUUAUUGUACAUUUUAUGGAGUAAUGAAGUAACUGGUUACUCAUUAAUAAUUAAUAUUUAUAUCUUCAAAACAAAUUAUAUUUUUUUUUGGCUUUUUUUAGUUGGAAAAAUUGAAUUGUAUUUGAAAUUUUUUUGUUUAUUAUUUCAAUGAUUUUUUUAAUUAUGAUUUGGCUAUUGUUUUGAAUUAUUUUCAUGAUGUAAUUACUGUGGAAAUUUGGGGGUAUAGAUUAUUGUAAACAGAAUAAUAUCGGACGAAGUUUGAAGAUAUUUUAUCAAUAUUUAUUUAUACAAUGAAAAAAGGAUUUAUUGUGGAGAAAAUUUAUUCGUAAAUGUUUUAUAAAUAAAAAUAAAAAAAUUCAGUAAAUUUGAGUAAAACGAAUAGAAAAACAAACUGAGAGAAAAAAAAAUUAUUUUUUUUUAAUCGAAAAAUAUUUAAUUGAAACAAAAAGCUAAUUUUUUUCGAUUGGAAAAUUUUUUUGUUGUGUUAGAAAAAUAUUUAUACAUGUAGAAAAUUUUUCUUUGUCGAAAAAAUAUUAAUUUUUCAUUAAAAAAAAAUGUCUUUCUUCAUUGCAAAUAAAUUAUUUAUAUUAAUAAUAACUGAAUAAUAUUUUAGCUAUGAAAAAUCCUUGUUUCAAUGUAUUUCUAAAACGUAUUAGCUCAUGGCUUUAAAUGCAAUUUAUUUAUAAAUUACAAUUAAUAUUAUUUAAAAAGAAAAAAAAAUGAAAAA